UCUGUGUCGGGUUUUCUGGCGAUUUGGGAACGCCAGUGCGUCACAGCGUGGUACAGACGUGUCUGUACGCCCGUAUGCUGAGGUGAUGCUCUUCCGGGAUGCCAUCAAAGCGCAUAUGAUACUACAGCUUGGCUUGACGGACGAGAAAGAAGUAGAAAUCGUAUUGGCGAGACAUUAUGAACCUGGGCAGGUCUACGUUAUUAAGGUACCAGGCUCAGAGGCUCGAGAAUUCUUGGUGUCUCGACCGGUGAUUUCGCCGUGCUCGCUGGCCUCGCGCUCUACUCGGGGAUACGGGGCUGUUGAUGUGCAGACCGAAAAGGUCGUAUUUCUGAAAGACUCCUGGCGUCCUGAUAUCAGUGAGGUGCAUAUAGAAGGUUUGACGCUCCAGUAUCUUCGAGCAAGCGGUGUAGAGGCAGAGGUGCCAAUCGUUGUUUGUCAAGGUGAUGUCGCGGUUGCGCUGACGUCAAAGUACUCAAAGUCUUUUGGAAUAGGGCAUCAGAGACAUAGCACAUUAUAGGCCGUAUUCAUUACAUGUUGGUUACUGCCGAGGUGGGUUAUGUGCUGCAGGAGACCUUUGCUGGGACACGGGAGCUCAUUGAAGGCUGCCAGGGAGUAUUCCACGGUCUGUCGCUGUCGCUCUUCGUUUCCUUGUAUAACGACUUUGGUUUUAUUUAGUGUUGUUCAAUGCUCUGAUGAAGACGAGCUUUCUUCAUUGAGAUAUCUCAUCCACCAACACCAUUCUCGUCGCUGA